GGAAUUCCACUUGACCACCACCUCCCCUAUUCAUGCUCGCACGACUCCUGGAGUGCCGCACAAAUGAGGAGGUGUCAGGCUCCAAGUUGAAAUCCGUGCCCUACUGGGCUGUUCUACCAACCACCACAACAAAAGUUUCCUUUUUGUUUCCAGGCUAGAAAUGUUAUUUAUGAGGUAUGCACUACAAUUCCAGUUCCCCAGUAGGGCAGUCGGUUUUUUGGCUCCCUCGGGAACGAGUACGAAAUCUGGAAGGGUGUGAAAAAAAUUUGUGGAGAUCGGAAUUUGUUGAAAUUUACUGUACGUUCUUGCAUGCCCUACCAAGCUUAGAGGUAUGGCAACGUGGGGUCCGUUGAAAGUGGGUGGUCCCUCCACAACAACCACCACCUGCAGCAGUAACACCCGGCUGACGCGAACCCCCAGCAAGGGUGGAGUCGCAGGGUUGUUCAGUGACACGCUAACGGCUGCGCUGGGAAAGCGAAAGAAUCGCUUCAAGGAAAUCACCGAAGAGCUGAACCAGCGGAUCAACAAGGAGGAAAAGGACGAACCCUACCAGAAGCCGCUGUUCAACACCGACAAAAUCAAACGCAUCAUGGAGCGGGUCAUCGAGAAGCAGUUCGAUGUGGACGAGGAGGAGAUGCGCUACAUUUACGAUCCGUCGAAGAACUUGCAAAUGUGUCAGAACAUAGCCAAACAGAUCAAGGAUCGGAUUAAGCAUAUGAACUAUAAAAGACAUCGGAUCAUCAGUUUGGCUACUAUUGUCGAGAAGCAGCAGCAGGGUGUACACUACAAGAUGAAGUACAUCUUGGACCCCAAAAUGGAUGACUACAUACGACACUAUCACGAGACGCCCCAUUUCUAUAUAAUUGCAACUGUGAUUCUGGUGCACAAGGAUUAAGUUUACUUUUUUGUUGAAAAUGGACACAUUUGCAAUGACAUAUGCGACUUUUGAUUCAAAUAGUCUAAAAUAUAUUUAAAAAAGCUUGUCUAAUGAUGUUUUAUAGUGAAGAGUUAAACAAGUGUUUUA